AUGAGCAGUCCACUGCCUCCACCGCCCAGACGGAGGCUCAGAGUCACUCCCUCUGGGCCAGUGGACAUUGCCUCGAGGGCAACGCCGCCUGGCCUGCCUCACUCGACAAGCUCGCCUGCCUUGCUCAGGGCGAACAGCUCGACCAGCCUCACUUCACUCACCAGGCCGGGCAGCGCAAUGAGCCUUGCCUCUGCCCCCACCACGGCCCCUACAGGAUCGACCGUCUCCAUCGCAUCCUCGCCCGUCAGCCAGCCGGGUGGUGCUGCCAGGGCGAGACAGUUCAUCCAGAGGCCUUACCCUUCCAGCACGGCGCUCUCAGAUCCCUCGUAUCCAGUCCUGCCUCAGCGGGUCUACGCUCCUGUCACACUCACAGGCAAUACAUCCAGUGGCAUGUCCCUCCUCGUCCCCACCGCCUCAUCGUCCAGCCCACCCGGCGCGUCUGCAGCCUCCAGCUCGACAUCCCCCGCGCCAGAGUCGGCCGCUCCCGCGAGUGCCGCGACAGCAGCAGUCGUGAAGCGCAAGAAGAAAAAGAAGAAGAUCGCCAUCACCCCAGAGAUCAGCCAGGCCGUGCACAAUGUCGGCCUUCCCACUCAAUCUGUCCCCAUGGACCUCGAUCCACCCGCCACAGCGCCCUCGCCCAGACCACAGCCACCUCUGCCCCCGCGCCGCAGGUCAGAUACACAGCUGACGCGAGCACCGAUGGCCUCCUCUGCCUCGCCUUCGCCAGGCGCAGCGAGCAUACCUACCAGGACGCGCCCGGCCACCUCCGCAUCUGUGACGACCUCUUCGCCUGGGCGGGCGCGUUCAAGUGGUCCGGCGAUCGUGCCGCUUGCCUCGGCAGCUUACUCGUCAGAGGCAGGCCAAGCAGACGAACCUCCUCCGCCGCCCUGGAGUGCUCCCGACCGAGAGCUCGUUUGGUCCUCGACGGAGCAGCCGCUCACCUUUGACCCUCAGAUCCCGUCAGAAAUGACCCAGGUGGCUCCAGUCCGCCACGACCAGGCUAAUGUUGCCGGCGUCAGGCUUGCUGAUGCCGCUGAGCUGCCUAGCAGCCCACCGCCGCAAUUCGACUCUCUCCCACCUUCACCGGUGGCCUCAAGGGGACCCACACCGCCGCCAGAAGCGCGCCUGCCGCGGGAUUUGGAUCCUUCGGGCCUGCCUGUCAGAGACGACGCGACGCUAUCAGCUACAGAAGUCUCGACGAUGGCCGUACUCGCAUGGGAACAGGAUCGCCUGAACGGCUUGCCCCUUGAACAGCGUACACAGCGCGAACGGCAGCGUCGCCGCAGGAGCCUCGACAGCUUCCUCGAGAGCCAACGAGCGGCUUAUUAUGCUUUCGAAAGAGCGCAAGAACGAGCUAGCAUCCCGCACACAGAAUCUGUCGCGACAGAUCAACACCCUGGUGAACCGCCCAGGCAGCGCCAGAGGCUACAGCUAUCCGAGAUCGACAGUCGCACCACCACCGACCACGAAGAAUCGCAUGGAUCUGCCGCAGAGGAAGCUCGCUUACCAGGCGCAUUCAUCACUCGUCAGCCAAGGGCUCGGAGCUCACGGUUGCGUGCAGCGACCCACGCUGCUGCUCGUUCGGAUCCUUCGAUAGACGACGAUGUGCUGGUCGAGCGACUGAGCAAUAGUCUUCCGAGCGCGCCACACCCCGUCGUCACCCAGCGUGUAGCGAGCCUAACCGAUGUUUCACAAGCACAGGCAGCCCCCGCGGCCCAGGCAAGUUCGCGUCCUCUAUUCGGGGGAUCAUUCUUUGAGGAGGCGCGCUACGGUCCCACCUCUCAACAUGCCGUCUCUGGGCACCAGGUCGAGGGAGUGCAUCCGCUAGAUUUGUCGGCCGUGCCGCAGGAGGAAGAGACCCUGCGAUCGCCGUCGUACCUGGAGCUGCAUCCAGGCUUCUCGGGCCCAAGCUUGUCAGACUCGCUAGCAGAGCAAGGCGCGCCUCAUCUGCCAACCUUCGUCGAUAAGACGCUGGCUGACAAACAACCGGCGGAUCCUGUUGUGACUCAUCGCGCAAAUAGCCUGGCUUCAACUCCAGAAGCAUCCGAGCCAUCGACCGAUAGUGAGUCGCCCUCUGCCAGAAGCAGCACGACGCCAGAGGAUCCUGUGACAGCAGCCGUUAACAAUGCCGGUCGUCUGUCAGCAGAUGUCCACCGCUAUCCAGUCCUUGGUCUGCAGCGCGCUCCGAGUCGGGCAGAGCAGAUGGCCGAAGGCCGACGAGCGUCCAUGCUCCUCACCCGACCUCUCUCAACGCGCCGGCCUCGACCUCCAUCACGUAGAUGGGGCAUGACAUUUGAACAAUUCGAGCGUCCCGUGGAGCAAGCCAACCCGAGCUUGCUCUCUUAUAUUCCUUCGGCUGAACGAGAUUCCUUGCCAGCGCCAUUACAGCCUCGUCGACUCAAUGCUCUCACUGAGAGCGACACGUCGCUGUCUGAUGCGCCUGAUCAUAUGGAGCUCAGCGGCGUGCAGACUCUGAUCAGCCGAUUCGAAGCCGUGAACGCCGUCCGCAGCUCUCCUGCUCCCACGCCGCCUGUGUGGAAUCGGAGGCACGCACGCAAUGCAUCCGCGCGGUCAUCAGCAACAGUCACAGCAUCGGAACCCAUACAAGUCACGUUUGCACCGCCGUCUCAUCAUCCACCGCCUCGUCCGAGAGGCCCUCGCGAGCGGCCCGGUAGUGCGAAUGAUAUCUCGGCGCCUGUUGCCACCCGGCACAUUACGGAUGAGGCUAUGCCGACGACAGAAUUAGCGUCCAUGUCUCUGUCCGAGCCACUUGCCGCAGCCAACAGCACCGCGCGUAUCGCGAGCACUAAUUUGCGUCGGCAGAACUCUGUCGCAAUCACCGAUCUCGACCUACUUAUAUCUCGCAUGGACAGCAACACUGACGGAUCGAAUUAUGAACAAUUACUCACGCUUGGGGAGAUGAUCGGUGAUGCAGAUGUAAACCGUACGGAUGAGGCCAUCCUGUACGUUGCAAAGAUCGAGCUCGGCAUGCGACGACGCGACGCUGCCGGCAAGGUCAAACAGAAACUGUUCUGCGCAGGGGUCCGCGUCAACAAAUGCAGCAUCUGCCUCGUACAGUUCCGACCGGAGGAGUUGGCUGCCAUGCUGCCCUCUUGUACUCACGUCUUCCACUGCGGCUGCGUUCAGAAAUGGCUCAAGCGCUCGCAUCAAUGCCCUGUCUGUAGGGCGUAA